GACCUUAUAGCUACCACCUCUAGUUUUUGUGUAAAAAAGGGAGAUUUUCACGAAAAAAGAAAAGAACAUUUUAAGAGAUUUUUUGGACACGAAUUCUGCUCAACGCAUUACUUGUGCCCCAGCAAAUUGUAUUGUCUUUCAACGGAAUAGAUACUUCUAACACAGAUUUUAAAUUGGCCGGGAAAGAGCCGGCGAGCGCAAGGACUUCAACCAGAAAUCGGCGGAGCUGGCAACAUUGCCAGGGCACAAAAUGAAAUGAAUUUCGGAAUAAAGGCAAAGUCAUAGGAAAAGCCAGGCGGUAAAGUGUGCAAAUGCGAGUGGCAAGCGAAUACCUUUAUUUCCCACUUCAUGACGUUUUGUUGAGUUGUUUGCUGCUCUGAGUGAUCAUUAUCAAUCAUCAUCAUCAUUAUCGUCAACCGAGGUCGUCGUCAUUCAGCUAGCCACCCUCUACCACCCACCAGCUAGACGGCCUUUAAGGAUCUCAGCAGCACCUCCUCAUACAAAUCUUGAUUUUCGUCUUAGUCUAUCUCAUCAAAAAGUUCAGUUAUGUCCUCUACCGCCGGCAAGCGUAAGGAGAUCUAUAAGUAUCUCGCUCCUUGGCCACUGUAUUCCAUGAACUGGAGUGUCCGGCCGGACAAGCGAUUCCGGCUUGCAUUAGGCAGCUUCAUCGAGGAGUACAACAACAAGGUGCAAAUCAUCAGCUUGGACGAGGAUACCAGCGAAUUUAGUGCAAAGAGCACCUUUGACCAUCCAUAUCCGACUACCAAGAUCAUGUGGAUUCCGGACUCUAAGGGCGUCUAUCCGGAUCUAUUGGCCACCAGCGGCGACUAUCUACGGGUCUGGCGUGCCGGCGAACCGGACACGCGGCUUGAAUGCGUUCUUAACAAUAACAAGAAUAGCGACUUCUGCGCUCCACUUACAUCCUUUGAUUGGAACGAAGUAGAUCCCAAUCUGGUGGGCACCUCCUCGAUAGACACCACCUGCACUAUAUGGGGACUGGAGACCGGUCAGCCGCACGCUCGCGUUUAUGUGGCCGGACAUGUAAAAACGCAAUUAAUUGCCCACGACAAGGAGGUCUACGACAUUGCCUUUUCGCGUGCGGGCGGCGGACGGGACAUGUUUGCCUCGGUGGGAGCGGACGGAUCGGUGCGCAUGUUUGAUCUGCGGCAUCUGGAGCACUCUACUAUUAUCUAUGAGGAUCCUGCUCAUACUGCGCUGUUGCGCUUGGCCUGGAACAAACAGGACCCAAACUAUUUAGCCACCGUUGCCAUGGACUCGUGCGAAGUUAUCAUUUUAGAUGUUCGUGUUCCUUGUACACCCGUUGCAAGACUGAGCAACCACAGAGCGUGCGUCAACGGUAUUGCGUGGGCGCCGCAUAGUUCCUGUCACAUCUGCACUGCCGGUGAUGAUCACCAAGCACUGAUCUGGGAUAUACAACAAAUGCCACGUGCAAUCGAGGAUCCAAUUUUAGCCUAUACAGCUGCCGAGGGCGAAGUCAAUCAGAUCCAGUGGGGGGCGACCCAGCCUGACUGGAUUGCAAUUUGCUACAACAAAGCGUGCGAGAUCCUGCGGGUCUAAGAGUAAAUUUUUGGGUCUCGUUUGUGGCAAAAGCACCUGGCUGCAAUUGCUGAACAACGCACAGUCACCAAAAAACAAAAAGAAAAAGUUUGAAAAACACACCACCCAUAAAAACACUCAUUUUGCUGUUGGUAAUUUGGAGGCUGAGAAGCAGAAAGGAGUGAUCUUGAGUUGAAUCUGUUCUGUCAACACGCUUCCGAUGUUUGUUUUACUUGUCUCUGUCGAAAAGAUGGAGAAAUAGCUUGGGAAAAGAGGGAGAAGAAUAACGGAAAGCGAAGGGGACGGAGCAUGUAUUUGAGAAUUCGUAGAUUAGUUGAUCAUACAAGUAUAUAAGUCAAGUCUAUAAGGUAUAACCGAAAUAUGUAUUUCUAAUUGUAGUUUUUUUUCACACUUGACAAAACCCCCACCCCCACAAACACCAAUCAAUUUUAGGCGCUUUAUCUUAUUUUACUUUCGAAUAUACAAAUCCAAGUGGAAUAGAGCAAAACAAGACAAAAACUUGUAAGCAGAAAAAUCAAUGUCCUACCUCGUUUUUUAACCAUGUUUUUGAGUCUGGCCAAAACGGCAACAGCAGCAGCCACAUCAAUACACUGACAGAAGGGGGCGAAAAUAAAUAAGUCAGCUUUUUGAAAUAUUUUUACUUUGUUUAACUUUUGUAUGAAAACCAAAAACCGAUAACCAACAAAAACAAAAGCAAAACCGUGGAUUUAAAGGAAUGCAAAACAAACAAAAUACGAAAUAAAUAGGCGAAAACACUUACUUAUAUUACAGAAUAAAUUCGUAAAAACGAAAAAAAAAACUGCACACAACACAGCUAAAGUACUAUACUAUUAAAAAAUACAAACUAAAAGCAAAAACAAAUACCGAAAUAUAUGAGCGAGAGAGAAUACAAGAUUGUUGCUAUACCCAUUUAACAAACGAACGAAAUAAAAACAAACUACGAUAAUUUCAGAUAAAA